UGAGCUGUCAAGGGGUUUUGCUCGCAAAAUAAUACGACGAAAAAACACCUCUUGAAAAUGGCAGCGCUGAUCAAGGGUAUUAAACUUGCGGCCCAAAUCUCGAACCGAAACCCAGCAAUACUGUACACGAGCGUAAGACAUCAUGGCUGGAACAAAGACUUCAAGCCUGGUAAGUUCCCCGAAUCGGACAAGGAUCGUGAAGCGGCCGCUAAAAAGUACGGCCUGACUACGGCCGAGUAUCAGCCGUACCCGGACGAUGGUCUCGGCUACGGUGACUAUCCGAAGCUGCCGGACGUACCGGUGGAAGCACGCGAUCCCUACUAUCCGUACGAUUUUCCGGAACUGAAGAGAAAUCUUCAUGAUACACUCCACGCAGAGACCGAUUUCUGGUCGGAGGAUCGAUUCGGUUCAGCGGAACCAUUGCGCUACGAGAUGAAGACCUAUUGGUUAGCAUUUUUGGGCGUUAUGACCGGUUGCUUCGCGGUGUACUACUGGCUUGAAAAUUACAAAAUGUUCCGACCGGUGCUUGCCAAGCAGUAUCCGUACGAAGGAAAGUCUCACUACACGUUCGACAAGAAGUAAGCCGGCUUUCGGUGGUUGGAGCAAUAGUGCGAAAUUUGCUAAAAUUGCAUGCUGCUACAAACUCAGAGCAAUGGAGAACAUCCUAUGAAAACGAACAGCCAGCAGAACAACCAUCACUGCUGCCGCCGCGUGGUACUGGUACCGUAUCCACUGGUUCUGGUCAAUACAACAAAGUAGAUUGAAACAAUUGUUAUGAGCGCUAUGUAAAUAAAUACAAAUUACAAAGCCCAA